AUCGGAGAGCGCGCGGAGAACACAACCGCCGCGACAGCGACGCGCUCCCUCCUCCUCCGCCGCCGCCUCGGUUCCUCCUCCUCGCCGUCUUCCCACUGCUUGAUGCUCGCCGUCUGCGCGCGGCACGGGCCCGCCAAGCUUCCGGCGCCGCUGCCGCUCGCGGGGGAGCGGGGGGCCGCCGGGUGGGUCGUCGGGAGGUGGUGGUGGCGCCCGGCGGCGGCGCGGCAUGGCGUCGUCGCCGCGCGGGCGUCGUUCUCCAGCUCGCGGAUCGGGCUCGACUCCCAGAAUUACCACACAAGGGACCUGUCCCAACUACUGUGGGUUGGUCCGGUGCCUGGCGACAUUGCAGAGAUUGAGGCAUACUGCCGCAUAUUCCGUGCUGCUGAGCAACUCCACACUGCGGUCAUGUCGGCGCUCUGUGAUCCGGAGACGGGGGAGUGCCCCGUUCGGUAUGAUGUGCAAACCGAGGACUUGCCAGUACUGGAGGACAAGGUCGCCGCCGUGCUCGGAUGCAUGCUGGCAUUGCUGAACCGGGGCAGGACAGAAGUGCUAUCAGGGAGAUCAGGUGUUGCGAGCGCAUUUCAGGGAUCUGAGGACAGCACAAUGGACAGGAUUCCACCUCUCGCCUUGUUCCGUGGGGAUCUGAAGCGAUGCUGUGAGAGUAUGCAGGUUGCACUUGCCAGCUACCUUGUACCAAGUGAGGCCCGAGGGUUGGAUAUAUGGAGGAGGCUGCAGAGGUUGAAGAAUGCUUGCUAUGAUGCAGGUUUCCCAAGAGCUGAUGGCCAUCCCUGUCCGACAUUAUUUGCAAAUUGGUUUCCGGUGUACUCUUCAACUGUGCCAGAUGAUUCUGCAUCAGAUGAGUUAGAUGUUGCAUUUUGGAGGGGAGGGCAAGUCAGUGAGGAGGGAUUAGAAUGGUUAUUGUCAAAGGGAUUCAAAACUAUUGUUGAUCUUCGGGAGGAGGAUGUUAAAGAUGAUUUAUAUCUUUCCGCAGUUCAGGAAGCUGUCUCAUUGGGAAAUAUAGAGUUGGUGAAUUUGCCUGUUGAUAUUGGUACUUCACCCUCUGCUGAGCAGGUUCAACGAUUUGCGGAAAUUGUGUCUGAUAGUGCGAAGAAGCCCAUUUAUCUUCAUAGCCAGGAAGGCAUUAGUAGGACAUCUGCGAUGGUCUCUAGAUGGAAGCAGUAUGUCACUCGUGCUGAGAGACUGGCUACACAAAACCGCUCAUUAAACGGCAAUGGUAAGCAUGUGAAGAAUGAUCAAACAGAGCAGCUCACAAACAGCCCAGGUUUCUCCUCAGAAGGUAGCCAAAAUGGUACACCUCUGGAAUCUGAUGGAACCGUGAAGGAGGGGGAAACGUGUGACAUAGACAUUGAAGCAGCACGUCAUAAUCUGGAAGUCACUAAUUCCCUUCCCAGUGGACAAAGUUCUGAACAAGGUGAACUGCAUGUCACUAGGACAGAACUUCAGUCAAACUUUAGACUAGAGAGUAAUCCCCUUAAGGCACAAUUUCCUUCUUGCGAUGUUUUCUCUAAAAAGGGGAUGACUGACUUUUUUAGAAGCAAAAAAGUAUAUCCAAAAUCUGUUCUGAACCCUCGGAGACAGUCGAGUAGUUUGCUGAUCUCAAGGAGAAACCAAAGUCUCAGCAUUGAACAAACUGGAGCCAUUGAUUAUGAAGCCACCGAAUUGAAAGUUCUGAAAAGUUCUAAUGGGGCAUCCUUUGAUAACGAUUAUAUUCUAUCAGUUGCUUCAGGUAUAUCUAAUGGAAAACCAUCCAGCAAUGGAGCCUCCAGAUCUGUUGAGAAGAUGGAAAUGGCAGCCUCAGUGGUAACAGUUGAUCCUAGGACAUCUGAUGCCAGCAAUUCUAGUGGUAAUUCUCAGCUUGUCUCACAAAAAUCUGCUGAAAGGAACGGUGCCCCUUAUCUUGAGAAAGUAAAAUCAGAUCAUGUUGAUGGAAAUAUGUGCGCAUCCUCAACCGGUGUUGUUAGACUUCAGUCAAGAAGAAAAGCAGAGAUGUUUCUAGUACGCACCGAUGGAUUUUCCUGUACUAGAGAAAAAGUAACUGAAUCGUCUUUGGCUUUUACGCAUCCUAGCACCCAGCAACAGAUGCUUAUGUGGAAAACUCCUCCAAAGACUGUCUUACUACUAAAGAAAUUAGGCGAUGAGCUCAUGGAAGAAGCUAAAGAGGUUGCUUCAUUUCUGCAUCAUCAAGAAAAGAUGAAUGUUCUAGUGGAGCCUGAUGUUCAUGAUAUAUUUGCUAGGAUUCCUGGUUAUGGUUUUGUGCAAACCUUCUAUACUCAAGAUACCAGUGACCUUCAUGAGAGAGUUGAUUUUGUCGCUUGUCUGGGUGGUGAUGGCGUCAUUUUGCAUGCAUCAAACUUAUUUAGGACUUCUGUACCACCUGUUGUCUCUUUCAAUCUUGGAUCUCUUGGAUUUCUGACUUCACAUAUUUUUGAAGGUUUCAGACAAGACUUGAGAGCUGUCAUCCAUGGGAACAAUACACUUGGAGUUUAUAUAACCCUUAGAAUGCGUCUAAGAUGUGAGAUCUUUCGCAAUGGAAAAGCAAUGCCUGGAAAAGUGUUUGAUGUGCUGAAUGAAGUUGUUGUCGAUCGGGGUUCUAAUCCAUACCUGUCCAAAAUUGAAUGUUAUGAGCAUAACCAUCUAAUAACAAAGGUUCAAGGAGAUGGGGUGAUAGUAGCAACACCAACUGGCAGUACAGCAUACUCUACUGCAGCUGGAGGCUCAAUGGUUCAUCCAAAUGUCCCAUGCAUGCUGUUUACUCCAAUCUGCCCACACUCGCUGUCAUUUAGACCUGUCAUCCUUCCUGAUUCUGCACGGCUUGAAUUGAAGAUACCGGAUGACGCAAGAAGUAAUGCGUGGGUAUCAUUUGAUGGCAAGAGAAGGCAGCAAUUAUCAAGAGGAGACUCUGUUCUAAUAUCCAUGAGUCAGCAUCCACUCCCAACUGUUAAUAAAUCCGACCAAACCGGUGAUUGGUUCCGCAGCUUGAUCAGGUGCCUGAACUGGAACGAGCGACUGGACCAGAAGGCAUUAUAGUUAUAGACACUGGAAUCUAGUUUUCCCUUGUACAUAUAUAGCACUAAACAUAGAUACAUUUUUUAACAGGUGCAAUACCAACCCAAAUGGCUAAUCAAUACUCAAUAGUAUAGUACCAGGCCGUCCCAUGUCCAACCCAACGAAACCCAACGAACUACGUGUUCUAUAUGGAUUUAAUUGUUAAUACAUUAUUCGCAUGUUAAUAUUAUA